AUGUUUUUCCCGAUUACGAUCAGCCCACUCGCGAGAUGGUUCGGCAUGAAAAGUCCGACUCUUGAUGCUGAUUGCUGGGUCGGCAACGGAGAUGGCUGCAUCGGCCUUAGUGAGCACUCCACCCGGGGUCUGCUCGGGGUGACAACACCCCGAACAGUGUAUCCCGCCUGUCUAGUGGAGCAAUGGCUUCGUGGGCCAGUCCAAUUGGACUCGAUGCGAGGGGAAGGCAAAGAUGUGCACAGAAUCAGAGUUGAAACAGCUGGGCCUUCGUCACGAUGUGGAAGGAUCUCGUUCUCGACAUCCCGGUAUCAGGCCAUUCCCAGUGAUAUCGACAUCAUGCUCGAAGAGCCUCUCGUGAGUUUCACCGUCUCUCCGGGACUGCUCAACCUAGUUGGCGCGACCAUCCUAGCCGACCCGGCGGACUUUAUCGGAAUUCAUCAUGCAGCCCGAGCGCUGGCGGAAGAUUUCGGUCGAGUCACUCGAGGGAAGGCCAAUCCGUGUGAACUGCCCAAGCCUGGUACGGUGACUGCCCCGACGGCCAUCAUUGUGGGAUGCAUUGAGUCAUGUUGGCUCCUGAAAGACUUGGAAAGGGCAAACAAAAUCGACACGGGCGCGAUCAAAGGAAAAUGGGAGUCCUUUUUGACCACCGUCGUGGAUGAUCCUCUGCCAGGGUGCGCCCAGGCGCUGGUCAUUGCCGGAAGUGACAAAAGAGCCGCCAUCUUUGGCGCCUACACCCUCUCUGGCCAGAUUGGCGUUUCUCCCUGGUACUGGUGGGCAGAUGUCCCGGCCAAGUUUCAUUCGGCAAUUUUUGCCUUGUCCAUCCAAACUAUACAAGGCGAGCCCAGCAUCCAAUACCGAGGCAUUUUCAUCAACGAUGAGGCUCCAGCACUCACUGGUUGGGUGCGGGAGAAAUUUGGGAAGUAUAACACACAUUUUUAUAAGAAGGUUUACGAGCUCCUUCUGCGCCUCAAAGCAAACUUCAUGUGGCCAGCGAUGUGGCCAGGUUAUCCCAACCCUGGUGCCGUCUUCUUUUUGGAUGACCCGGAGAACCAGCGCAUCGCGGAUGAGUACGGCAUCUGCGUCUCAACCUCUCACCACGAGCCGAUGCAGCGGGCCUCGACGGAGUGGUUCAAUGAACAUGCAGACGGGACAUGGGAUUGGAAUACACACCGCGACGAGAUCGUGCAGUUCUUUCGAGAGGGUGUCGAGCGUGCGCAGGGUUUUGAAUCCUACUUCACCAUAGGAAUGAGAGGGGAAUAUGACAAACAGAUGGCAACCGAUGACCCAGGCGCAGUCCUUCGUGAUGUACUACAGCAGCAACGUAAACUGUUCAAAGAAGUCCACGGCCGUGCAGAUGCCGUCCCUCAGGUGCUCGCACUAUAUAAAGAAGUUCAGGAUUUAUAUCAGGCGGGAGAAUUCACGGUACCCGAUGAUGUGACUCUUUUGUUCGCAGAUGAUAAUUUUGGGACCUUGCGGCGACUACCUUCUGGGCCCGAGAAAACGCGAAAGGGUGGCGCAGGAAUAUACUAUCACUUUGAAUAUGUUGGAGCACCUCGAAGCUACAAAUGGAUCAACUCUAACUCGCUGGGCAAAACAUACCAUCAGCUCUCCGAGGCUUAUCACCGGAAUGCACGAAAAAUUUGGGUAUUCAACGUAGGAGAUAUUAAGCCCAUUGAAUUACCUCUGACAUUCGCAAUGGAAAUGGCUUGGAAGAUUGAUUCGAUCAAAGCAGACAAUAUUCCUAAAUUUCUGAGAGCACUGGCCGGUCAAUAUUUUGAUCAAGGGCUGAGUCUCUCUGUUGCUUCUACCUGGCAUGAGUAUGAUCGUCUGGUCAGUCUUCGAAAGCACGAACAUAUCGAACCAGACAGCUUUUCGUUACUUCACUACGAAGAAGCGGACAAGAUUGUGAAGCGAUGGCGAGAGCUAGAGGCCGCUGUGGACGCAAUCUAUGGCCAAGCAUCCGCGGAAGAAAAGGCGUCGUUAUGGGAACUCGUCGUUCAUCCGGUGAAAGCGAGCUCUAUUUUCACUCAGUUGCGCGCUGUACAGGCAUUAAAUCAACUGCACGCACGUCAACGGCGCAAUUCGACUAACACACUUCUGCGCAAGGCACUCGAUUUGUUCGAUGCUGAUUUUCGACUGUCUCAAGAUUUUCACUCUCUGUUAGACGGUAAAUGGAAUCACAUAAUGUGCCAACCACAUAUUGGAUACGGUGACACCUGGCACGCCCCAUCACGGGACGCAAUCUUUGGUCUCGCGUAUGUCCAACGAUAUCAAGACAGCAACAUCAUUGUUGGUCAGAUGGGUGUUGCCGUUGAGGGACACGAGGGUAUUCGAGCAGGACGCAUCAAUGAGGAGAGCGAGAGAACGCAUCCCAGCCGUCGAGACCUAGUUCCAGGUCUAACCCUUGGUCCUAUCAGUCGCUAUGGACCGGCGAGGCGAUGGUUUGAUAUUUUUACGAGAGGCACACUCUCAAUUCAUUGGGUGACCUCGGUACCUUAUACUUGGAUUCACAUAUCCCAAGAGGAAGGUACUCUACAGCCAGAUGGAGCCGAUGCACGCAUAUGGAUCACAAUAGACUGGGAUACAGUUCCCGAUGGCUUUUCUGGUGAGGUUUUGAUCACUAUCUCAUCAAAGGAAGGAGACUUUGAACAUGUCCAUCUCCCUAUCCAAGCACGGAAAGCUCCCGCGUCCUUUAUUGGUUUCGUUGAGUCUGAUGGCUGCGUCUCUAUUCCAGCCUCGAGAUCGCACUUGAAAGACCCCUAUCAACAUCAUCCAGACCUUGGCAGAUUAAUUGACGGAUCGAUCACCUUGGAUAGUACACGCUCCUUUGAGAAUACGACCGAUAUACCCUUCCUUGACUACCCAAUUUACCUCUUCACGGAUUGCGUGUCAGCCACACUUUCAUUGUAUUUCAAUAUGACACUCGACAUUGAUCCCGCUUGUCGAAUGUCGUACGAUAUGAUCAUUGAUCAUCAGCCUCUUCGGAGAUAUUUGCUUCUUCCAGCAUCUCAUGAGAAAAAGGACAAAUUACCUGCUGAGGGUUGGCUCACGGCCGUCAUGGAUGGCGUCUGGAAGAAAGACCAUUUUCUUGGUCACCUCAAGCCUGGGGCUCAUACAAUUCAGAUCAGAUUGAAUCAUUCCAAUUUGCUGCUGGAGAAUUUGGUAUUGGAUCUUGGUGGUGUGAAGGAAAGCUACCUUGGGCCGCCUCAGGCUGUUACCGUGUGA